GCCUCGAGGUACUAGACAGCUCUAGUACCGUCAAAUACCUCAAGUAGAAAGAAGACUUCAAAAGUUCCCUAGUAUCUUCUAUUGUUCCAUCCUAUCCACGAUGAGGGAAAUCGUUCACAUCCAGGCUGGCCAGUGUGGAAACCAGAUUGGUGCCAAGUUCUGGGAAGUGAUCAGUGACGAGCACGGUAUUGACCCUACUGGGACCUACCAUGGAGACAGUGACCUACAGCUGGACAGGAUCAACGUUUACUAUAAUGAAGCCACAGGAGGUAAAUAUGUGCCCCGAGCUGUUCUUGUGGACUUGGAACCAGGCACAAUGGACUCUGUGAGAUCCGGGCCUUUUGGGCAGAUAUUUCGGCCUGACAAUUUUGUGUUUGGUCAGAGCGGUGCUGGUAACAACUGGGCCAAGGGUCAUUACACUGAGGGAGCUGAGGUGGUCGACUCGGUCCUGGAUGUUGUUCGCAAAGAAUCUGAAAACUGUGACUGUCUGCAAGGCUACCAGCUUACUCAUGCUCUAGGUGGAGGAACCGGAUCGGGCAUGGGAACGCUGCUCAUCAGCAAGAUUCGCGAGGAGUAUCCCGAUCGUAUCAUGAAUACGUUCAGCGUGGUGCCUUCACCCAAGGUAUCUGACACAGUUGUAGAGCCCUACAACGCCACUCUGUCCAUCCACCAGCUUGUUGAGAACACAGAUGAAACCUACUGCAUCGAUAACGAGGCUCUCUAUGACAUAUGUUUCCGCACACUGAAACUGACCACGCCCACCUACGGAGACCUCAACCACCUUGUGUCCUCCACCAUGAGUGGUGUCACGACCUGUCUGCGCUUCCCCGGCCAGCUCAACGCUGACCUCCGUAAACUGGCAGUCAACAUGGUGCCUUUCCCUCGUUUGCACUUCUUCAUGCCGGGCUUUGCCCCCUUAACCAGCAGGGGGAGCCAGCAAUACAGAGCCCUAACCGUUCCUGAACUCACCCAGCAAGCUUUCGACGCAAAAAACAUGAUGGCGGCGUGUGACCCGCGUCAAGGCCGCUACCUGACCGUGGCCACUGUGUUCCGUGGGCGUAUGUCCAUGAAAGAGGUGGACGAGCAGAUGCUCAAUGUCCAGAACAAGAACAGCAGCUACUUUGUUGAAUGGAUCCCCAACAACGUGAAGACCGCCGUUUGUGAUAUUCCACCCCGUGGACUGAAAAUGGCAGUCACCUUCAUCGGCAACACCACGGCCAUCCAGGACAUGUUCAAGCGUAUCUCCGAGCAGUUCACAGCCAUGCUGCGUCGUAAGGCCUUCCUGCACUGGUACACAGGUGAAGGUAUGGAUGAGAUGGAGUUCACUGAAGCUGAGAGCAACAUGAAUGAUCUAGUGUCCGAGUACCAGCAGUACCAGGAUGCCACCGCUGAGGAUGAAGGGGAAGGCGAGGAGGAGCCUGAAGAAGAUUAAAGCUUACAGAUCAUUUUUAUUUUUUAAAAAAAGAUUUUAUAUGUAGAGCUUUCAAUA